UCUACUGUGCGAAGUCCUUUAACUCAGACCUUACAAAGGGAUGCAGAACAUCAUCCUGUAUUUAUGAAUUUCUUAAACUUGUGUAUUUCUGGAUUCCAAUAAUAGACUGGAAAUUGGAACGAUCCUAUAAUUUCUCAGAAUAAGAAGUGAUUAUGCAGCGAAGACGGAGGGGAGUAGAUGUUGGACUAAUCUUGCUACUUUCUCAAGUAUUUCAAGUUGGGCUUGAAAACAUUCCACCUGUAACACUUGGGACCCUAGCACUGAACGUUUUUCUUUUUUUGAAACCUCUGAAACCACUGCUGAAAGUGUGUAUCAGUGUAGACCAAUGUUAUUACCAGAAAGACUGGCAGCGUUUGCUGCUUUCGCCAGUUCACCAUGCAGAUGAUUGGCAUUUAUAUUUUAACAUGGUCUCCUUGCUUUGGAAGGGGAUAAAGUUGGAACGUAAGCUUGGAAGCGUAUUGUUUGGGUAUAUAAUUGCAGUAUUUUCAGUGCUGAUUGGCAUUGUGUACAUGGUGUUGGAAUUUGCACUUGCGGGACUUCUGAAUGACCCUUCAUACAAAAUGAAUUGUGCUGUAGGCUUUUCAGGAGUAUUAUUUGCUUUGAAAGUCCUUAACAAUCAUUAUCACCCAGGAGGGACCAGCAACAUCAUGGGAAUUCGUGUAUCCGGCAGAUAUGCUUGUUGGCUGGAGCUUGUGGCCAUUCAUUUAUGUUCCCCAGGGACUUCUUUUGCUGGGCAUCUGGCAGGUAUUCUUGUUGGAUUGAUGUAUACGCUGGGGCCUCUGAAGAUGCUCAUGAAAGCAACUGCAGGUGACUUUCCCUACUUUAAUGACUCUGCAAGACAGAGAGACUACUACUCAGGGUUUUCUAGACACCCAAGUUACCCAUACAACACACCAGGGGACUAUGACACAUACACUGGUGGGCUUACUGAAGAAGAACAGUUUGAAAGGGCAUUGAGAAACAGUCUUCACGACAGAGGUUUUAGUGCAGGAAGUCAUAGCAAUGAGAGGCGACCUUAUGGGUUUUGGUUUCCAUCUGAACAGCUAUCAGAAGAGGAAGUGAGAAGACAAAGAAUUAAUAGAUUUGAGAGAUGGUGAAAUUGCCAAGGGUCUAAUGAAAAAUGUAAAGUGCUCUUCAAAGUUGCCAAAAUGUUUGCAGAUCUGUUGAUUUAUACAGUUUCUACUUUGGUUCAGAACUAUUUACUACUGGCUACAUAAUUUAACAACAGCAAAACAUGCCAAGGAUUUUGCAAGAUAUGGCUGAAAAUCUAGGCUUAAAAUAAGUGCCCAAGGGUGUGGUCCAAGAGUCAGAAUGUGGUCUAUGGCUGCCCUCCAUUUCGCUGUAUUUAAAAUAUGAAAGAAAACUGGUGGACUAAUGAUUGUAACAGGCCGCAACUCACUUCUGACAUUUCUCUACAAAGGCUUUGUGAAUGCCUUGGCUUUUUGUUUGUUCAUGAGCUCAAUCAACAAUUUCUCUUCACCUAUCAAGGGGGAAAAGGGAAAAUACAGAUACUAUGUUAGCGAGUGUCCUUGAUUUUAAAACUAUAUAAAUCAUCCUUGCAAAAUUCUUCUCUUUGCCUGUGACAAGUAAUCUUUUUGGAUUGGUGAGUAAAAUGGUAAUUUUAAAACAUCACAGUGACUGAGCAUAUAUGUAAAUUAGGUACACAAAUUGCCAGCCCAGUCUUUAACGUUGCAGAAUUUGGUCACUCCUGUCUCAAAUCAUCCCAUUCUGCCUAGGAUGUGUAUACAGUAAAACUAAUUUGUAACAUUUCACACUAUCUUGAGAUUCCUGGCCUAUGACCAAUAUGGUCAGCCUAAUAUUGCAGCCUUAACUCGGAAAGAUCUUCCUUUUGUGGGGUUAUUGUACUUUCAUACAUAUAUUGUUUCUGGGGGAGGAGGGAGAUUGUUUAAACAAACAAAACUGAAACAUUUUCAAGGCAAGAGACGUAAGUUGGAAUCCAAGAAGUUACUGUGUGUUGUUGACUUACCUAUUUCCCUUUAAAAGAAUACUUUGUAUUCAGUAGACUACAGGAACUCCAUCGUGCAAAUCUUUUUCUAUACAACUUUAAAAAUCAGACUGUUUCUCUCGAUGGACUACGCUGGCUCAUUUGGAGCUUGGCUAUAGCUCAUAAGAAAGUGAGCUGUGUUAGGAAG